CUAGUUAGCCAACUAGCUAGACGUAGCUACGAAGCGAAGAGCAGCUUGUCCCGUUCGCCUGUUGUUUGGACUUCGUUCGUCUUGGCAUUCGGUUGUGUGGUAGCAGCUGGUCGCUAUUAAGCGGAUUUGGUGUGGAUGUGAUAAAGUUAGCCCAGCUAGCUGACAUGACAAGCUGUGAUGGCGACGUGACUCACAGGGGCUGGGAGCGGAGCGGGAAGAGGCGCCCCUCUCCGGCCCCGCUCACGCACCGUGCCCAUCACCGAGCUACCAGCGACGCUUCUUCAAACCGGGGACCCGGUGUUCACUGGAAGUAAAGUGAUCCCAAAUCUUUCGAGCUGGACUCCCUCAAAUAGCCGAGAAGAAAUGAAGGCAGCAGAUGAGCCUGCCUACCUGACAGUGGGGACAGAUGUCAGUGCCAAGUACCGAGGAGCCUUCUGUGAGGCCAAGAUCAAGACUGUUAAGCGCAUGGUGAAAGUCAAGGUGACUCUAAAAGGUGAAAGUACUUCCCAGGUAGUGCAAGACGACCAGGUCAAAGGAUCUCUGAGGGUGGGCUCCACAGUGGAGGUGAAGACCAGUGAAGGUAUAUGCAGUGAGGCUGUCAUCAGUAAGCUGACCGAUGCCAGCCUCUACACUGUGGUGUUUGACGACGGUGAUGAGAAGACUCUCCGUCGAACAUCUCUCUGUCUGAAGGGAGAGAGGCAUUUUGCAGAGAGUGAGACUCUGGAUCAGCUGCCGUUGACAAACCCGGAACAUUUUGGCACUCCAGUCAUCGGCAAGAAGUCAAACCGCGGUGGACGGCGUUCUUCUCAGGCUGUGGCCGAUGAAGACAAUGAGUCUUCAUCUAGUGAAGAUGAGGAUGAUGACAGGAGGAGGCUAAAUGACGAGCUGCUGGGACAAGUCUGCAGCAUUGAAAACGACGAAGAGUCGAGCACCUGGUUCUUGGCUCUGGUGGUGUCUCCCAGCUGUAAUGAUGAGCUGGUGGUGAAGAAGGAUCAGUGUCUGGUCAGGUCAUUCUGCAACGGCAAGUUUUACACUGUGGCCAGGAGACACGUCCACCUCAUUAGUGCCAUUAGCAUCUCUGAGUUCUCCGACAGAAGAGGUGUAGAAGGAGCCCAGAUGUUCCUGAGCAGCAAGGAAAUUCCAGAUUUGUGGAAAAUGGAUAUGAGCCAGAUCCUGGACUCGUCCUCCAGUGAAGAUGAGGAUAAUGAAGAGGAGAAGGAGAGUGAAGAGGAGCAGGAUGAUGAAGAGGAGAAGAAAAGGAAACGUAUAAAAGAAGAGCCAGAGGAGGAGCCAGAUCCAGAAGAGAGAGACCACUUCCUGCAGCAGCUCUACAAAUUCAUGGAGGACAGAGGGACUCCCAUCAACAAGCCUCCAGUGUUGGGUUACAAAGACCUUAACCUCUUCAAGCUCUACAGGUUGGUCUAUCACCUGGGAGGCUGCCACAAGAUCGAGUCUGGUACAGUGUGGAAGCAGGUUUACAUAGAUCUGGGCAUCCCUGUCCUCAACUCUGCUGCGUCGUACAAUGUCAAGACUGCCUACAAAAAGUACCUUUAUGGGUUUGAGGAGUACUGCCGCUCUGCAGCCAUUACUUUCAGAACCAUCCAUCACAACAACCCCCGCCCUCCUGCCACACCAGCCAGUCAAAAGGCAGCAGGGGCAGCGUUAACAGAGUCCUCUACACCAACGGUGAAGGUGGAGACAGUUGUUGACAAACAGGAGGAGGUGGAGUCAGAGAGCGAAAGCGAGAAGGAAGACGUGAAGGAGAGACAGUCAUCCCCAAGAGGGAGGAGGAGGUGCGUGGGGAGUCGGGUGAAAGCAGAGAGAGAGACCUCCUCCAAGCUGGAUAAGAGAGGACCAGGAGAAGGAGAGAACCGCGAGGAACAGCAGAGGGAGGUGAGGAGACGCAGCAACAGAAGAAAUGAUGACUCUGAGAGAGGCUCUGACGAUGACGAGGAGGAUGAGGACGAUGAAGAAGAGGAGGAGGGGGAGAGGAGGAGAGGAGACAGGAGUGAGAAUGAAGAAGAUGGAGACACUGUAACUGGAACAAAGGUCAGGGUGAAGUACGGAAGAGGAAAGACUCAGAAGAUUUAUGAGGCCCACAUCAAGAAGACUGACAAUGACAAUGGUGAACAGUUCUACCUGGUUCACUAUUACGGCUGGAAUGUCAGGUAUGAUGAGUGGGUGAAGGCUGACCGAAUUAUAUGGCCUGUAGAAAAAGCAACAAAGAAGAGGCAGAAGAAGAAGGUGAAGACCAAAGACAAAGACGAGCUCGAUAAGGAAGAAGAGAAGCCAGCAGUGAUGGCGGCUGUCAGGCCAACUGUAGGGAAACGUGGUCGUCCUCAGAUCAGGACUACACCCAACAGCUCCACUGGGCGUAGCAAAACUUCAAGUAGCGAAGGACGAUCCAAUUGCAGAAGCAGCAGGACUGACACUUCCAGUAUGGCCAACGGAGACAACACUCCCCAGAAAAGAACCAGAAGGACUUCUGGCAUGUACGACUCAGACAGAGCAUCCAACGAGGAUUCUGGGAACUCCUCAGAUGAAAGUGAAUCAGAAGACCCUUCUGACAAAAAAAUAUCGCCAUGGCAAGGCAGAGCUGAAGUCUCACCUUCCAAGGCAGAGGAAGCAGAAGAGGAGCAGCAAGCAAGUGGGUUAGCUAAUGUCAUGGCAUCUCCUAACAGCAAUACAGCAACUUGUGCAGCAGCAGUUCAGCUCCCGGAUGCUGCCUUAGCCUUGUGUCCCAGUAUGCCUGAGGAGAACGCUCAUGAAGAAUUAAACCAAUCAGAGAGGAAGGAGGCAGAGCAGGGGGAGAACCCUGCAAAGGAAGCUGCAGUGCUGCCAGCUGAUCUGGACAAAGAAAACAAAAUGUCACCAGUCACAAAGACGGCGUCUGUCCAAGACGAAAACAAAAUGUCUCUAAGGCAAGAAUUACUUCCUGAGAUGUGUCUGAGCAGGACCCCACCUCCUCUUCCUCCUGAAAGGGAGCAGCAGGUGCCCUCCUCUCUGCCUUCCUCCACUGAUGAGGACAACUGUACUACUCCUGCAUCCUCGCCAAGAGUGAAAGGUCGUAGGAGCAACAUCAGGGAGGCAGGCUCUGAAACACCCCCUAGAGCCCCCCUCUCCAACCCCAGCCCUGCAUCCACUGCCAGCCGCUCUCAGGCACCAGCGUUAUCACCUUCUUCUCACAGCGUCUUUAAGAGGCAAGAUGAGCCAAUGGUAGUGCUCCACUGUCUCCCCACCCCACACCUCCUGCCUGAGGCGUCUACUGCUGACUCGGACACUGACUCUGCCACUGAAGAGGAGGAAGCAGAGGAGAUGGAGGAGGAGGCAGAGGAAAGAAGCAGCGUGGCGCUCAAGCGUAAGGCAGGAGACCAAAAGACAGCAGAAAAGAAACCCCGUCCUGACAGAAGGCAGGAGGAGACCACCAAAAUGGUUGCAGGAGCUUCCCCAAAAGCUCUCCCCUUACCACUCCACUCAGAGAAGAGCAGUGAGGGAGUGGUGAUAGCAGAGGAACAGCCUCACCCAGCAGAAGAGCCACAGAAAGAGGUGUCAAAGGAGCAUCUUACAGGUGGAGCCACAAAGGUACCAGUCAUGCCUUCUGGGACAGCUUCGCUUGUUCUGGAAACCCAGGAGCCGGCGUAUACAGAGGAGCUGGAACCACAGAUCGAUCCAGAAUCACUGGUCUGCCAUGAGGUGGACCUGGAUGAUACAGAUGAGAAGGAGAAGCCCAUCCCCUCCUUGGAUCAUCACUUCCCUAUAGUCAAUGAGUCGCAACAAGCCCCCCCUCCACUGCCCCACCUCAUCCAUUCCUCCCUCCCCUCCCCUCAUACGCCUCAUUUCCCUCAGCCUCAGGCCAGGCCCUUUCUGCCAGAAGUCACUCCCAUCGAGGUGCACCAACUACGUAAGUGUGACACUGAGGAGGAGGGGUGUGUGGUAAAGGGUGAGCAGGAGAGAGACUCGAGCCCUGGUUUUGAUGGCAGUGCUUCCUCGUCCUCCACCUCUCUCUCGUUGCAGGAAAAUAAAGACAGAGGUCAGAAGAGGCUGACUGACUGUAACUCCAGCCCGUCAGCCAAGAAACAAAAACGGAACCAGAAACGACCACAAACACCUGGGAGGGUGGAGAAGAACGGAGCAGGUCACAGUAGUGACAGUGAGGACCAGUCUCGUCUCUCGUCUCUGUCAAAGUCUCAGAAGUCUCGGCCCAGCUUUUCAUCUCCGUCUUCUCACAAACAAGACAAACAGAGCUUCUCCACCCCUCAACGCACCUACAAGUGGACCUUCCAACUUGAUGAGCUGGACAGCAUGUCAAGCACAGAAAGGAUCUCGUUCCUCCAGGAAAAGCUACAAGAGAUCAGAAAGUACUACAUGACCCUGAAGUCUGAGGUUGCUUCUAUUGACAGACGCAGGAAAAGACUAAAAAAGAAGGAAAGAGAAGUUACCAACACAAUGGCAUCCACCUCAUCAGGUUCCUCAGACACUGGUAUGAGUCCGUCAUCGGCCUCGCCCACUCAGAACACUGUGGUUGUGGAGUGCAGGUGAUGACACGCCCACCCAAGCCUAUUUAUCCAGCUUGUUCCCUCUCACCACGGAUUCCACCCAGUGUCUCCUCUGAGGGCACGAUAAGACAAAAACUUUACAAAACUCCAUCCACUUUGUUCCUGUGAGUGUCGACUCGUACUGUUGGAAUCUCGUCGCUCCAUCAGUUAUGGCCCACGGGCGCCGUCCCCACACCUAUGGACUCGAUUCCUGUUUAAGGAAACAUGAGAAACUUUCUGUUAGCCACCACAGAGCUCCUUCUUUGGUUGGUUUUUGUUUUUAUUUUAUUUCCCUCCCUCCACUUUGUUCUAGUGCUUUUUUCCCCCCCCUCCCCUGUUUGGUCUGGUUGCAGGGGUCAGAGGUCACGGGUUUAUAGGAAUUAUUUAAGCUGGAACAGAUUCGUGAAGCUGUUGAUUAUGCACACAUCUCUAUUUCAUAUGUUCUCUAGAAAAACUGUCCUCACUUUCUACUGUGAGUGCUUUUGGUCUCUUUUAAAUGAAAUUAGAGCUUUUAUUUUGGUUAAAAACAGAAAAAUGUUUUGAUUUUUACAGCAGAAGAAAAAAGAAGAUAUUUGUUGAAGAGCUUUUUUUUGUGUGUGUAAAAUACUUCAACUCUUCAGCUCCUUCAGUUAUUUUUGAGUUUGAAGUUUAGCAGGUCAGUUUUGGAAUUUGUAUGGAAGAUCAUUACUGCCAAGAAAAUAGACCAGGGGAGUCCAAAUAUUUACCAGCAAAUCUCAAAGAUUUUCACUUUGUUUCUUUCAAAAACAUUUAGACUUUGUUUAAACUUGUUCACAGUGAGUGAAAAUGCCAGUCAUAAACAUUGUUCAGUUCUUUUUAUUUAAAGUGAAAUUAUGAUGUAAAGUUUUGGGUUUGAUUUCUCACAGCUGAGAUUCUCAUAAGUUAUAAAUUCCAUUUUAUGUUAAAAGACCAGUUUUUUGUUUUAACAUUUGGAUUUUUUGUUUUACUCAAACUGCCAUACUUGUGAUUCAGUAUUGUAGCUUUGAUUUCAAUAAUAACAUUAAAUGUGAUCCAUCUUUAGAGUUUAAAAAAAAAAAAAAAAAUCUAAAAUUCAGCUGAAUCGUUUUCCAUCAACCAGUAAAAAGUUGGAGUUAAUUUCACUGAACAUUUUCUUCCUUUGCACAGUGAACGUGGGGGUUGUGGGUAGUUGUGACUUUGACUUCUGAAAUCUGAGCUUCAAACAGCUGAUCUCAGAAUUCUCUAAUAAAAUUGUCCGAUUUAAACAUUCACUUAAGUUACUUAGUCACACGUUUGCACCAAAGGGUGACUCCAUCAAUCUUUUGGCAUCAAGUCAGACUUAUUGGUCACGUUUUUGCACACAAGUUCAAAUGGGAUUUAAAUGUAAGUACUUACCUUUGUAACUAUUGUCACAAAGUUUUCCUACAGACAAUUUUAUGGAUUCAGAAUUUUGACUUCAGUUGUCUUAAAAUAUGUUUAUGAUCUGAUGGUGAAGUAUCUGAACAAAUUCUAAACAUGAUGCUGGUGAACAUGAUUUUGGUUUCUUGGGGGGGGGGGUUGAGCCCUGAUAACUCCUCACUACUUCAUUAAAUUAUUAAUUUUAGGUUAUAAUUUUUGUUCUUCCAUGUGUUGGGUCUCUAAGCUCGAUGGUGGCAUUGUUCUGGAGGGUUCUGUUGCACUUCAUCUCUGGUCUCUUCCUUCUGAGUUGCUGUCUGCAUUCAGCUCAGACAGGCUGAUUUCAAGUCCUUGACUCUUGUGUGUGUGUGUGUGUGUGUGUGUGUGUGUGUGUGUGUGUGUGCGCGCGUGUACAUAAAAAGCUCUGAGUAAAGAAAAAGUCGCACCCUGUAUUUCAGAACUACAUUUUACAUGCCUGUAAAGAAUAAUUUCUAAUAUUUUUAAGAGAAGACUGUUUGUACUGUUAUAUUAUGAAGCUUUUUUCUUUCUUUUGUUUUUUAACUGUUUUCCAGUGGCUUUUAAAGAGAGCAUUGACUGUAAAUGAUGGGGGGGAGGGGCGAAAACACAUUUCCUCCCAAGAACAGAAGCCAUGCUGGAACUGUGUGCACAAUGAGUGCUCUCUGUUUCUAAUAAAGUUUUUAAAGGUU